CAAAAAGAUCCCAUGCAAGCCGCUUCGUACCUCCGAUUUGUUGUCCGCUUGCCGAGCGAUGCAGCCUGAGCCGUUGCUGCUGAAGGUGAUGCGCUUGCGGCGGCCAAGCAUGGCGCCCAGCGGGGCUCUGAAUGGCCUGGAGGUGCCCAAAGCCUUGGUGCCCAUGGCCCUUCAGAAGUCACUGGUUGGUGAGCAAUUCACGGGCUAUUUGCACGUGACCAACACCAGUGGCCAGACCGUGCACGAUGUAGGUCUCAAAGUGGAGAUCGACAUAGGUGCUUCCAAAUCUACAUUGCUCAACACAGGAACAUCCCGAGCAAGUCUUCCGCCAGGCGAAUUUGUGGACGCUUUGGUGGAGUAUGCGCUGAAUGAUGCCGGGACGUAUGCACUUAAUUGCUACGUGUUCUACAACUGCAAUGGAGAGCAGGCCCAGUUAAGGCGUUCAUAUCGCUUUCCUGCACUGGCACCUUUUGCUGUGUCGCACCGGGUAGUGCAGCUUGACAGACAGCUGCUGGUUGAGUGUUUGAUUGAGAAUUCAACAGAGGGCAGCAUCUAUUUGUCAUCCUGGCAUUUGGAGUGUGCGGAUGGUUUCCAAAGUGAGCUUCUCACCGAAACGGACAGCCUCGAGACAGGAUGCGCUGGUCCUCUUCUAAAACAGCGAGGGUGCUUCUCGCUUGUCUUUCGUGUGGCUGCAGAUGAGACCCUGGACUCGGUUGUGGUGCGUCAAUGUGAAGUGAUUGGGACGCUGUCCCUAUGGUGGCAAGUGCCGGAUGGCCCCAGAGGCUGCAUGGAAGGUCACCAAAUCCAAGUGAAGCCCAUUCAGGUGCCCAAACUGGACCUGCAAGUGGUGGAAUGCCCCAAAAAAGUGCAGGUAGAGGUACCUUUCCAACUGGAGCUGCAGGUGAUGAACCGAACGGAGGAUGUCUUGGAGCCAAAGGUGAGCUUCGACCUCCGGUUGAUGGGUGCCGUGAAAAUCCAAGGGCCCUGCCAAAGACUUCUACGGAUAGAGCCUGGAGAGAGGCAGCGCCUUCCCAUUGAACUCGUUGUAACAGUGCCUGGGCUCCAUGGUCUACAAGGCAUUUCCAUUGCCUGCGACGACCAGGUUCCCAGGCAGGACUUUGGAGUUCUUUGUGACUUGCUCGCCUUCUGAGGGUGG